AUGCGCAACUGUGUCAUGUGGGCAGCUGUUGCAGUGGUGACCAUGGUGGUGCUUGUGCUGGAGAGCGAGGGCGUGAGCAUCGAGGCUUACGGAGCGGUGGAGGGCAAGGCGAGCAACGAGGCGGCAUGGAGCAACGCACGGGCGGUGAUGGCGACAGCCAAGGCGGUGAAUGAGGGCGUGCAUGGAAGUGAUCGUGUGGUGGAAGUGCCGGCAGGUGGGACCUUCUACAUCUUCAAUGCCACCAUGAGCGGCCUCAAGGACGUGACCUUUGUCAUCGAUGGCACCCUCGUGGUCUCCAACAACAUCUCGGCCUGGCAGGACAUCGCCAACAAGCCGUCAACUGGCGUGCUCGAGGUCACCGACUCGACCAACAUCACCUUUACCGGGGCAGGACUCAUCGAUGGCCAGGGCUACGACUUUUGGUGGUGGGUCAUCAUCACUGGCAAGGACUUUCGCCCCAACCUCGUCAACAUCUACCGGACGUCGGGCGUGACGGUGACCGAGCUGCACGUUCGCAACUCACCGCAGUACCACUGGAACAUCCGGUAUGUGGAGGAUGUGUACAUUGACAACAUCAACGUGUAUGUCGACGUCGAGGCCCAGAAGGCUGCACUGGCGGUCGGCGGCAAGCUGCUAACCGUGCAUCCAGAGCAUCCCGAGUGGGACAUCCCGGUCUUUCCGCUCAACACCGACGGCAUCGACAUUGCCGGCAUUCGCGUCGUCAUCCAGAACUCGCACAUAACCAACUACGACGACGCCAUUGCGGUCAAGCCGAUCUACACUGGCGAGUCGCCGUUCUCGUCGUGCUCGCAGGACAUGUACGUCUACAACAUGUCGGUCGUUGUGGGCGUCGGCAUGAGCAUCGGCUCUGUCCCUCCCGCGGUCGGCACCAACUGCGUCCGCAACAUCACCUUUGACACCCAGCAGGACCAGCCGCACUCGGGCCCGCCGCCGCCGCGUGCUACGCUCACCGGCCCGGCCAACACCGGAUGCUCGUUCUUCUACCCCAUCGACCCGGUGUGCCCGACCCAGCCUCGCGUCCCGAUCACUAACGUCGUUGUCGACUCGUUCACCGCCGACAAGACCCUCAUGCUCCCGGGUGUUAUCCUCUGCAACGCCACCAAGCCGUGCUCCGGCCUUUCCUUCUCCUCUGUCGCCAUCACCGGUGACUUUGUGGUUCAGCCCGACUGGUCAUGCCACAACGCCGACGUUGUCCAGACCCAGACAACGCCGGCCAUCAAGUGCGACAACAGCGCGUCUACCCACACCCCAAACCCGGUCCUGCCCAUCCCCAUUACCGGCGACAUCAUGGCUGACUACGUUGCAUGGAUACGUGCAGCCCGCCUUGCGAGCAUGUAG